AUGAAGUCAAGUCGGGGACCUCUAUCCCAAAGACUCGGGGAGCAGGCCCGGGAUUCUGCUCUCUUUGCUCUCGAUGUCGCUCAAGAUCCUCAGCUGUACAUGGACCGUGGUUGGGAGGCCUCUCGGAGAUACUUCUUCUCCGUGAUCUUCAUCUCCAUCGUGCUGUCCAAGUGCUUCCACAUUCUCGUGCAUCUCAAGUCGUUGACGGUGCUCUCGUUCCUCCUCUGGGGUCUGACGUUCUUCCUGGUCGAUUUUGUCCUCAUUCUGAUCGCGUGCGCCCUCGCGCGCUCCUUCAGGUACCCGCUAUGGCGUUACCUGACGGCCUUUUGGACUGUCCUGUGGAGUUUGUACACCGCAUCGAUGAUCUCCGCCAACAUCUCCUACUACUUCCACGUCGGGAAUGAAAUUCACUGGCGCAACGUGAACAACUUCCACCACGACAAGCCUACCGCCUGGACCGUCCUGACCGCAUUGGGUUUCGGCAUUCUGCUCGACGUGCUGAUCUACACUGCUGCCUACUACGCAACCCCGCAUCUCUUCCGGAUCACUGACGCAUUCCUCGCCACCUGGGUUUCGUUCCUGCCUGCCAAGUACCGCUGCACUCGCCGCAAGUCACAGACCCUGCCAGACCCCGAGAUCUACGAGCAGAUUGCCAUCGAUGACUAUGAGGAUGGCCACGAGUCCGCUGGACUGCUGGAGACCCCCGAGGACCGGCCCCAGGUCUCUACUUCCUCCGAGAAGAAGGGUCAGCCCAUGCUCAAGCGCGGAAUCGUGAUCGCGUGCACUGCUGCUAUCCUGGCUCUGCGCGUCGUUCGCCCCUCCGAUGCGACUUACGGUUUCCUCUCGGCCACUCUGCCGCUCGCGCCGUUCAAGGGCCUGAUCUACCGCCCUAACCAGGGAAGCGUUGCUGAGUUGCCCGGUGAUUUCAGCUGGCUGGAGGGCCAGACUGCCCUGGAUGACUUCCCCAACUUUGACUGGCUUCGCACGAAUGAUCCCUCGAAUGGCUUUGUGGAAUGGUCUCCCUUCAAGAUCAACCACACCGAGCACUUUCAGACACACUACAACCCCGCAAAGGACCCUCUCCACACGGUCAACCUCGACAAGGAGAUUCUGGAGCCUAUUCGGGAGGUGCUCCAGAACGGAUCCGUCAAGAUCAAGCACAUCAUCCUUAUCAAGCUGGAGAGUAACCGCCAGGACGUGUUCCCCUUCCGCUCGGACUCUUACAUCAUGAAGCACAUCAAAGAAUCCUUCGAUGGUGAAAUUCCCGAGGAGGUUCUUCAUCGCCUGGGUACACUUACUCCCAUGGCUCAGCGCUUCACCGGAUUCGACACCGGAUUCGAGAGCAGCGAAAAGCUGGAGCCUUUCGGUGGUAUUAGUGCCAAGAAUGCCUAUACCUCUGGUACCUACACCAUGAAGAGUCUCACAGGAACCGUGUGCGGUGUGAACCCUAUCGCUGUGUUCAACAACCUUGAAUACUACCACGACAUCUACCAGCCCUGCUUGCCGCACAUCUUCAACUCAUUGAGUGCCCAGCCCAACAGAACCACCGAGACCGAUGAUUGGAUCAACUGGCCCUGGCACACUAUGUGGAUGCAGUCCCACUACGGUACCUGGGACAAGCAGUACGCUCUUACUCCAGCCAUGGGAUUCUCCGAGGUCAUGGAUAAGGAGAGACUGGAGGAGUUCAACGACAAGUAUCUCCCCGAGGAGAAGCAUGACCACGACUACCCCGAUAAGACUCUGAAUGGAUACCUCCGGGAUGUGAUCACCGAGGCGAAGGAGAAGAAGAGACGUCUGUUCUUGACCCAUCUCACCCACAACACUCACACCCCUUACUACAAGCCCGGUGACUACGAGGAGCUGUUUGGCAACACCGCCGGAUGGAACGACAAGAUCAACAAGUAUCUGAACACCAUCGUCUACCAAGACGAAUGGUUGGCCGAUAUCAUGCAAAUCCUGAAGGAGAACGACAUGACCGACGAGACUCUUCUCGUCAUGGCCGGUGACCACGGACUCUCCCUACCCAACGACGGAGGCGUAACAGCCAACCACGACCCCCACGUCGGCAGCUUCCACGUCCCCCUCCUCUUCUCGCACCCCAAGCUCCCCCAAAUCACCGUCGACAGCGCCGUCCUCUCAACCCAGAUCCUCCCCACCAUCCUGGACCUCCUCAUCGAAUCGUCGUCCAUCGACGAACACGACACCAAAAUCGUCAAGGACCUCCUCUCCAUGUACGAAGGCCAAUCCAUGCUCCGCCCCCUCAUCCCCGAGCAAGACGGAAAGCGCGAAUGGCACUUCUCCACCAUGAACCCCGGCGGAACCUGGGUUUCCAUGCGCGCAGCUGAGCAGCCAUACCGUCUCGUCGUGCCUUUGAUCGCCGAUGCGCCCUGGCGUUUCACCGACGUUGUCGCUGAUCCUUUCGAGCUCCGCCCCGAAGAGGAUCUCAAUAUCGUUGAUCUGCAUGAUAUCGUGCAGACACGGUACGGUCCCGUUGCUGCUAAGUGGCUUUCUGAGGCUGCUCAUGUGUCGCAGUGGUGGAUUGCGGAGAACCAUCUGCGUUGGGGAUACAACGCUACCCUAGAAGCUUAG